AGGCAUCAGUCGGUGUUGGAGGGGGUCCUGGACGGUGGAAGGCGCUCCCAAAACAGACCUUCAUCCGCGCACUGUGGGAUUUAAAUGAACACAUCAUGACCAUGAAGUGCGGACUCAUUCAGUUUCUAAUUGCGUUCCCUCUCGUCAGCGGAUCUCCUUUCCAGCAUGCUGUGUUUCAGGGAAACUCUUACUCCGGCAGAGAAACACGACAGAGAAACAAAAACUGGUGCGCGUACGUUGUGCACAAGAACGUGAGCUGCGCCGUGGUGGGGGGCUCUGAGAGCUCCGUGCAGCCGGAGGUGUUCCCGUGUCCCCCGGAGAUGCCAAACUGUGCGCAACAAGUGAUAUAUCGGACACAAUUUAGGCCCACGUAUAAGAUUGCUUACAAGACUGUGACGGAGCUGGAGUGGAGGUGCUGCCCGGGGUUCCAGGGCCACGACUGCUGGGAGGUGAAAGACGUUCACCUGCUCCAAGUGGAGCGCGUGCCUCACGUUCCAGCCCCACAAGCUCCGGAGCCGCGCUUAGAGACCCAGAGCAGCCAUCCAUGGGGACGGGAGGGGCAGUUUGGAGGUCAGGCGGGUCACAAGCCCGCGGGGGUUCAUGAAGGAGCUCACAGUGCACCACACCUGGAGGAGGAGGUGCGGAGGCUAUCCCAGAUGGUCCUCGACAUGCAGGCGAGGAUGACUGACAUGUCCUCCAAUCUGAGACUGGACUUCCAAGAGGACGCCAGCAAAAUGCUGCUCACGCUGCUGAACAACCACAGACAGCCCGCCGCCGCGAGGGGCGAAGAGACCGUCCAGGUGCAGGACUUCUCCUUUGGGGGCGAGGCAACGCAGAUGGAGGAGGUCCUGAACAAGAUCAGCCAGGUCUGGGAGGAUCUGGAGUCCAAGAGCAACACCCUGGACGACCUGCGGGGUCGCGUCGACCGCCACGGCGAACAGAUUCAUCUGCUGAUGGAGGCCGCCCGCGACCAGCUGUCCACCACUUCCCCACCCGGUCGCCCGGGCGGGGACGCAGCCCUGCGCGCCUACCUGGACGAGAGGAUCGGCGCACUAAGAGAGGAGAUACUGCAGGGCAUGGACAUCAAACUGGCAGACAUGAAGAACCUGUGCGAUUACAAAUUAGUGUCGGUUCAGGAGCAGUGUGAGGGACAAGAAACCAACUACCUCAGCCUGGCGGAGCUCAUGGACUCAAAAGAAACGGACCUCCGCAACGAGAUCCAGGACCUCAAGACCAGGCUGGGUGAUCCGGGAAAGGAAAACGCCCGUCUUGCGGAGAACCUUGAGAUCUGUCUGAACUCAUCCGGGAGGACCGAAGCUUCCCGUUGUCUCUCUGUAGAGGACAAGAUGAAGAAACAACAGGCGGAGGCCAUCAAGGACCUGAGGGAGACUGUGGAGGACAAGCUGACCUCCAUGGAAGACAGACUGACCUCUCUGUUGGCAGACGCAAGCACCAACUCCCCGUCAGGCGGCCUUCUGACUGACGAAGGGAACAUCGGCCAACGGAACUUCCAGAGCUUCAGAGCCGCCAUAGAUGCCAUGGAGACUAGUUUAAAAGCCCAAAUGAAUGGCCUUGGGACCAUUGAGGGGAAGCUCCUCAACUGCAGCGCCAGCAUUGAGAAGCUACACGGCGAGUUGAGCCACCUGAAGGGGCGCGCGGGCCAGCCGGAGGACUCGCCGCCUCCGCCUCUCAACUCCACGUGGGCCGAGCGGGAGGCCAAGGGCCUCCUGGAGCUCCACGGGACUCGGCACCGGGAGCUGAGGAGCCGCCUGGACGAGCUGGGCGCGCGGGUGGAGGCCGAGGCCGACCUGUGCAGGCGUCGGACCGAGCGCGUCGGCGGGGAGGUGGCCCGCGUGGGCAGCCGCGUCGGCGGCGUGGAGACUCUGUGCGGCGGGCUCGAGCCUCUCUCCGACAGCCUCCGCAGGAUCAAGGAGGGCCUGGAUAGACACGUGAGCGGGUUGUGGACUUGUGUCCAGCGGCUGAACGGGACGGUCGGAGCUCACGGCCGGGACAUCGAGGGACUGAGGGGAGCGUGCGUCGGCCUCCGGGACAGCGUCGCCGACCUGGCCAGAGACCUUCGGGCGCUGACCGGCAGCGACCCCCGAAAGACAGGUCUUCGGGUUGCCGUGGAGGACGCGGGACCCCUCCGGCCUGUAAGUAAGACCCUCGCGGGGCCAGCUGCUCCCCAGGAGGCCUCCCUCCCUCAGCCACCCGUGACGGAGACCGGAGAGGCGGGACCCCCCGGCAGGAUGACCUCGUCCACGCUGCCCAGAGGGACGGACGGCAGCACGAUGCCCGUCUCGGGUUUUGCUGGAGCUCCAGCUCACCCGGUCAAAUCCGCUGGUGGUGCGAACGCGGCCCACAGACCAUCGUCGCAGGCGGCGUCAGGUGAGACGCCGUCCUUCUCAGCCGGCCUGACCCUCCCGCCCCCCCAGGGGCGGCUUGGAAUCGUCCGAUUCGACAAGGUGCUGGUCAACGACGGAGGACACUACGACGCUAACACGGGUGUCUUCACCGCCCCGAGGGACGGCCGCUACCUGCUGACCGCCGUGCUGGCGGCCCGGCGGGGCGAGAGGCUGGAGGCGGUCCUCUCCGUGUCCGGCCGCGGCGUGCACAGGCUGGGCCCGGCGGCGGGCGACGGGUGCGACUGCGGCGGCUCGGCCUCGCUGAGCCUCGUCCUGCCGCUGAGGACAGGGGACCGGGCCGCGCUGCUGGUGACCGCCGGGGAACUCGCCGCCUCGUCCUCCUCCGAGAUCCUGUCGUCCUUCAGCGGCGUGCUGCUGCGCGCGGAGAGGUAGCGCCGCCGCUUUUAAAGGGGCCUUUUUGGGGGAAGCGCGGCGUGAGCGGCGUGCGUCACUGGGGACGCGUAAAACUCCAUUUCUUCUGUCGUCCGUACUCAUGGCGUGGCCACAUCGCCUGGUUCGUGACCUUGAUUUGAAAUCGUCAUUCUUGCUUGAACAUUUAAUUGGUAAAUGCCAAAAGGUUUUCUCAUCCUACAAUUCAUAUUGUUCAAGAGUCAGUGUGGGAAACACAGUUUAAUUGAAUACUAACACAAUACAUGUAGUACAGAGUUCAUACUUUACACUAUAAAUUGCUUUAUAAACAGUGCUUUUUCCUGAGCUCAUCUGUCACCGUUUAACAAAUGCAAAGUAUGGAAAUACUUUUGUCCUCAAAGUUCAUCGCUUUCAUAGAAAGAAUGCUUUAGUUUGUUACUGAGCGUUAGAAGGAUCAAAACAAAGAGGUAUUACAUCACUAUACUCUAGUUUUCACAAUGGCAUCAUUGAUGGUAAAUCAAAACAAUCCUGGCAAAACCAUCAUCAAAAAGCCUGAUUUACCAUAGCAGCAGUAUUUAAUGUACACAAAGUGCUUUUUUUU